AUGCUCGAAGACAAGAAUGCCUUUGGUUUCGUCCGCCAUAACCCCCGACCUCCCAAGCCAAGGAAGGUCGGAGUCACGGAGAUCAGAGGCCCGUAUUACUCGGCCAUGGGCAAGCGAUAUCUGCAGGAUGGCGGCUGGAUCGAACACAUCCUCACCCAAUCCCCCCCCCCCCCCAACACCGCCGCCUCGUCCUACCUCGCCCACUGCAAAUCCCUCGGCUUCGGCGUCAUCGAAAAAUCUCCAGUCCACCGGCUUCCUCUCCCUCCCUCCCUGCCCGCCCGACGACAUAUUGGCUCCGACUAA